UCCACCUGAGCUGAGAGUGACUCCACUGGUGAUCACAGAGUCAGACUCAGUCACUGUGAACUGUCAGACUCCAUCAUCUGUUCCUCUGAGUCAGUGUUACUUUAACUUUGGUAAAGACAAACCUGCCAAACCCUUCUCUUGUCAGAAGACGCUGACAGGAACUGAACUGCUGCAAAUCACAAACCAAAAUUCACCUGCUGAAGUUGCAGUCAGCUGUUUUUACCUUAAAACGCACAUGUCUCCAAACAGUAAUGUGUUCUCCAUCAGCAUACGACUACCUCGGCCUGAGCUGACAGUGACUCCACCGGUGAUCACAGAGUCAGACUCAGUCACUGUGAACUGUCAGACUCCAUCAUCUGUUCCUGUGUCUCAGUGUCACUUCACUGUGAUGGGACAUUUACGUCUUGGAGACUCAUCUUGUCUUCAGACAGUGACAGGAGCUGAUCUGUUGGACAUGACAGGUCAGAGGUCACCUGCUGAGGUCAAACUAAGAUGUUAUUACACUGUGAAGCUUGGAGAGAGAGAGUCUGCAUCCAUAUACAGUCAAACAUCAUCCAUCACCAUAAACCCUCUUCACCAGCCUGAGCUGACAGUGACUCCACUGGUGAUCACAGAGUCAGACUCGGUCACACUGAACUGUCAGACUCCAUCAUCUGUUCCUGUCUAUCAGUGUUUGCUCUACUCAGUGAGGGAUCAAACCUCCAGAGUCGUCUCUUGUCUUCAGACACUGACAGGAACUGAGCUGAUGAAAAUGACUCAUCAAAGUUCACCUGCUGAGAUUGAACUUACAUGUUAUUACAGUGUAGAGCAAAGAGGAACUAUAUCUGUGUCUUCACUUAGUAACUCUAUCAUCAUACAGAGUAAGUAGCUACUGGGAUACGUUUUAUUACAGCUUAUUACAAUAUCAA